AUGGCUUACACUACUAGACAAAUAGGUGCUAAGAACACCUUAGAUUUCAAAGUGUUCAUUGAAAAGGAUGGUAAACCAAUUUCCUCUUUCCAUGACAUUCCAUUGUAUGCAGAUGAAGAAAAGCAGAUUUUCAACAUGGUUGUAGAAAUUCCACGUUGGACCAAUGCAAAAUUAGAAAUAACCAAGGAGGAGGAAUUAAAUCCAAUUAUCCAAGAUACCAAAAAGGGCAAAUUGAGAUACGUCAGAAACUGUUUCCCUCACCAUGGAUAUAUUCACAACUAUGGUGCUUUCCCACAAACUUGGGAAGAUCCAAACCAAGUUCAUCCUGAGACCAAAGCUGUCGGUGACAAUGAUCCAUUGGACGUUUUGGAAAUUGGUGAAACAAUUGGUUCCGUUGGCCAAGUAAAACAAGUCAAGGUUCUCGGUAUAAUGGCUUUGUUGGAUGAAGGUGAAACAGACUGGAAAGUCAUUGUUAUUGAUAUCAAUGACCCAUUAGCUCCAAAACUCAACGAUGUUGAAGACGUCGAAAAAUAUUUCCCAGGUUUGCUAAGAGCCACCAACGAAUGGUUCAGAAUCUACAAGAUUCCAGACGGUAAACCAGAAAACCAAUUCGCAUUUUCUGGUGAAGCUAAAAACAAGAAGUAUGCUUUGGAUAUCAUCAGAGAAACUCAUGAAGCUUGGAAACAACUUAUUAGCGGCCAAGCUUCUGACAAUAAGGGUAUUAAAUUGGCUAAUACCACACUAAGCGAUACACCAACCUACGCUCCAAACGCUGUCUCGGAUAUUCCAGCUGCUUCUCCAUUACCAGAUGCCCCAAUUGACAAAUCUGUUGACAAGUGGUUCUUCAUCUCUGGUUCGGCUUAG